AUGUUAGUCAGUCUUGAAUCGGCUCUCAAUGCUCCGUUCCAGCCAGAUGAUAGUGAUAACAAAAUGGAGGGUUACCUCUUCAAAAGAACAAGUAAUGCAUUCAAAUCAUGGGUGAGACGCUGGUUUGCUAUCCAAGAUAACCAACUUGUCUACCGGAAACGUUCCAAGGACAGCCAGACUAUUAUGGAAGAGGACCUACGUUUAUGUACUGUGAAACCGGCCUUUGAGAUUGACCGACGCUUUUGUUUUGAAGUUGUUUCACCUGCAAGAAAUCAUAUUUUGCAAGCUGAUUCUGAACAACUCUGCCAAAAAUGGAUAAGCGCCAUCCAAGCAGGAGUGUCAAAGGCCUACAGUUCUGACAGAAACAAUCCUGAUGAACAUGAAAAUGAAAAUUCUCAGGGUGGUCACAGUCCAGAUAUUGGAAGUCCAAAUGACAACUCCCCAGCUUCCAUACCUCACAAGCAAAAUAGAUCAAAACCUCGUAUGGAAACACUGCUGUCAAUUCCAGGUAAUGACCGGUGUUGUGACUGCACCUCUCCUGAUCCUCGUUGGGCAAGUAUCAACCUUGGCAUCACACUUUGUAUCGAGUGUUCAGGAAUUCACAGGAGUUUUGGAGUCCACAUGUCUAAAGUUCGUUCAAUAACUCUUGAUGCCUGGGAACCUGAAUUAUUAAAAGUUAUGUCCGAGCUGGGGAAUGAUGUCAUUAAUAGAACUUAUGAGAGCAACGUAGAUGAUUCCAUAGCAGUCCGAGCUACACCUGACUGCAAUCGGAGUAUUCGAGAAGCCUGGAUCAGAUCCAAAUAUAUUCAAAAAGCAUUUGUUAGCAAACUUCCUGGAAUUAAAGGUAGUGGCACAAACAAAAUCCAAAGUUGGAGUGUACGUAAAAGGACAAAGCGGUCUCCAGGGAGAUUCUUCGUUAAGGACGACAACUCACCUUCUGAUGCUGAGGAAAAACUGGAAAAUACAAGUGACUUGAUGAAAGCUGUGCUUUCAGUGUCCACUGCAUCAGCCCAGGACAACGGGAAUGGACGUCGAAAUUCUGAAGUACUGGUGUUUGGUUCCGAUGUCCAGUUGCCAGAUAUCAAACCAAAUAAAUUUAUGGACUUGGACCUUGAAAGUUCAGAAGAUUCUUCAACUGAAACAGAAGACACAGAAGAUGCUAAGUCGACCACAUCCUGGGAGGAUAUGAGUAAGCUCGAUCCAAACAUGUUAUUGUACAAGGCAGCUCAAGCCCGAAAUUUACCUGUCAUGCUGGAAGCCCUAUCCCACGGAGCCAACUCUAAUUGGGUAAAUGAUGAUGAUGAAGGAAAAACACCUCUUAUGAAAGCUGUAGAAACAGGUUCCAUUGCAGCCUGUGAAUUCUUAUUGCUCAAUGGUGCUAAACUUGAUCGACGAGACCACAAAGGUAGAUCUCCAUUGCACCAUGCUACUAUACAUGGGCAUACAGGCCAAGUGUGCCAAUUUUUAAAGCGUGGAGCUGACAGACAUGCAAAAGAUGACGAAGGCAAAGAUGCUGAAUCAAUUGCUAUAGAUGCAACCAAUGCAGAUAUAGUCACCUUGUAA